CCUUAAAUAUAGAAGCUCACUUCCGUCAAUGUCUUAACAGUUAACAUCGUUUAACGUUUCCCAACACCAGAACAACGUCAAGUCACCGGGCGUUCAAUCUCGCCGGAAUCAGGUCAAAGGAGUGAGAAAAUGGCGUGGGUCAGAGAUCAAAUCGACGCUGUCAAAUCCAUUCAGAUCAGACAACUUCUCAUUCAAGCUGUCAGUCUUGGGAUGAUUGUUACCUCUGCACUGAUAAUAUGGAAGGCAUUGAUGUGUUUUACUGGUAGUGAAUCUCCUGUCGUUGUUGUCCUUUCUGGAAGCAUGGAACCUGGUUUCAAGAGGGGAGAUAUAUUGUUUUUACAUAUGAGCAAGGAUCCUAUUCGCGCAGGGGAAAUAGUUGUGUUUAAUGUUGAUGGUCGUGAAAUUCCAAUUGUCCACCGAGUUAUCAAGGUUCAUGAGCGGAAAGAUACUGGUGAAGUUGAUGUCCUUACAAAAGGUGACAACAACUACGGUGAUGACAGGCUUUUGUAUGCUCAUGGUCAACAGUGGCUUCAACGGCACCAUAUAAUGGGCAGAGCUGUAGGAUUCCUACCAUAUGUUGGCUGGGUUACAAUCAUCAUGACUGAAAAGCCAAUGAUCAAGUAUCUACUGAUAGGUGCCUUGGGGUUACUUGUCAUUACUUCCAAGGAUUGAGGAAACAAAAGUAGUUGGUGCAGAUUCAAUGUGGCACUGAAGAAAGGCCUGUUUCUGUGGCUUAGCAGCAUUCACUUAGUCUUUUCUUUUCUUCUUUUUUUUUGACGGGCACUUAUUAGUCUUUUUUAUGCCUGUAGUCUGUUAGACAGAAACUAAAAGUGGAGAGUUUAUAAGGGUGAUUUUGGCCAAUAUGCAGAUUACUAUGAUACAAUAUGAUAUAUAUUGAUAAGAUUUGACCAUUUACAACAA